UCUAUUUCCGGUACAUCAUGGCGCCCCCCACACCUCAUUUAGCAGGUGGGUUAAUUCAUUGAAGAGUAAACUCUUUAUUUGUUUACGUGUUGUUUUAGAUGUUAACCUGGGUUGUAGAAUAUACGCAACGGCCCAUCUUAACUGUCACGUGAGUUGGAAUGUUGAAUAAUUUCCUUACUUUCAAUUCGACUGUGACCUGCUGUUGACAGAGUAAUGUUACAAGCUAGCCAAACGCUUUCUAAACAUUUUGGCAGAUGCUGUAGCAUGCAAGCCCAAUUCCGUUCCAAUCAGAUUGACCUCAUGCUGAUGAUAAUGUAGCUAAUUCUUUAAUCUUACAUAGGUAUUACAUAAUUGAUUUUAUACUAACUGCUGCUGUUAUUGUGAUCACACAGUCCGGGGAUCUGACGGGACAGUGCUGCUCCGUGGACCACCAAACUGCGAAAAGAAUGCAGAUUUUCAAAGGUCAUUCCCGUUCUAUCAGACAUAACAAUGUUAAAUUGUUAGCCAAAUCAAUCACUGUGCAUGUGUUGCAAAUUCCAUUUUAUUUACUAAACCUUUCAAUUUCAGGGACCCUCUGCAAAGUAAAUAUGUGGCUUUCAGCAAGGACGGGACAUUGUUUGCAUGGUGCAAUGGAGAGAAGUAAGAAAAGCUACAUCGUGGCACUAUGUCUGCGUCCAAAAUUGCACCCGAUUCCCUAUAUUGUACACCACUUUUGACCCGAGCCCUAUGUAUCAGUUUGCAGAAGUAGUAUAUAACCCUUGCAAUGCUGUAGUGUGAAUGACAUUAGUCCUGUAGACUACCUCUUCAGUCAUUGGAAUCUUUUGCAUACAUUGAGACUGGUCCGAUCACAGUAGUUGUCAUGCCCAUGUUUUGUUUGUCAGGGUCACUGUUGUGAAGGUUGCAGAUGGCUCUCAAGUCAGGUUGUUUGACCUUCCAAAGACUACAAUGUUGGAGUUCUCUCCACUGAACACUGUGCUGGCUACAUGGCAGGUGUAUAGCAGUAAGUUUCAACAACUAUAAAAACAAGGUUUUAGUAGAUGAUGGAAAUCACUGACUCUUGAAAUUGUACUCCUUAGCAUUUUUCAGUAAUCUAUUAAUGGCUAAAGGGCUCUACACACUACGCAAACUGAGUGAUGGAGCAUCACUUUCUACGUAGUUCUAUGUACCUUUGUUUCACUGAGUUUUUUUGAAGCAACAUUUUUUUAACGGACUGAAUACGUCACUCUGUUUGCGUAGUGUGUUAGAGCCCUCAAGCAGGCACACAAGUAGGUAGUCGAAAUGUAUUCUGUUUGAAACUAGAUAUAAAUUGAAUGUCAUGUCCAGUCAAAUCAUAUCACAUUUUAUUUGCCACAUGCGCCGAAUACAACAGGUGUAGACAUUACAGUGAAAUGCUUACUUACAAACCCUUAACCAACAAUGCAGUUUUAAGAAAAAGAAGUGUUAAGUAAAAAAAUAGAUAAGUAAAAAGAAGAAAAAUAAUAGAUAAACAUUAUGUACAAAAUAAGUUACAAAUAACACGAAAAAACACACACAAUAGCACAAUUGGUUAGGAGCUGUAAAACGGCAGCCAUCUUCUCCGGCGCCAUUAUGAAUGCAUUGCAAAAUAUGGUUUGUGGUUGUUUGUGCUGCACUAGCACUCAUCUUUACAAUAGGUAAUGUAAUGAUAUUUUCCCUUUCUCUUGUCAGAGACACAAGACAACCCACAGGGAGAUGCCAACUUGCAGCUGUGGGAUUUGCAAACUGGGACCUGCCUCAAGGCUCUCUACCAGAAGAAGGUACAGGGAUGGUAAGUUUGCACCGUUGUCUAUUAUUGUGUGUUUGUCCAUCUGUGAGGAAAUGCUGAGGAUUAGCCAGCAGCAUAACACCCUGCAUCCCACUACUGGCUUUCCUCUGAAGCUAAGCAGGGUCGGUCUUGGUCGGUCCCUGGAUGGGAAACCAGAUGCUGCAGGAAGUGGUGUUGGUCCAAUAGGGGGCAGUUUUCCCUCUGGUCUAAGGAGAUCCUAAUGCCCCGGGGCAGUGAAGGCGACAUUACCCUGCGUAAGUUGCCGUCUUUCGGAUGGGACAUUAAAACGGGUGUCCUGACUCUCUGUGGUCACUAAAGAUCCCAUGGCACUUAUCUUAAAAGUAGGGGUGUUAAAUUCCCAUCCUGGCCCCUUUCAAUCAUCCCCAGCUUCCAAUUAGCUCGUUCAUCCCCUUUCCUUCCCCCUGUAACUCUUCCCCAGGUCGUUGCUGUAAAAGAGAAUAUGUACUCAGUCAACUUACCUCGUAAAAUAAGGGUAAAUAAAUAAAUGAGUAUGUGUUGCCCAUUAAUGAUGCACAGAUUGAAUUAGACUGAAUUAGAACCUGGGUCUCCUGUGUGUCUGUUAAGCUAAAGGCUAGGACCAAGUCUCAGACAAGGUUACUACUCAUGUGAGUAUGAUUUAAUGAACCAUCUCUGUUACACAGAUGAUGGACUUGGGAAGGCUAGAUAAUGUCUGCCACCACUUUAUCCUGCUGUCGGUCAUUAUCACCCCUCGCUCCAUUGAAUAGAAACUAAGUUUUUAGUUAUAUGUUUGCAUCACGCCCUUUAUUUUCUGAACAGAUUGGUUUUGUCUUGUCAAUGUGUACAGGUGUCCAAGCUGGUCAGAUGACGAGAAGAUUGCAGUCAGGAGUGUUAACAAUGAACUUCACUUUUUUGAGAACAAUGACUUUAGUAAGUAUCUUCAUUGCCCCUUUUAUUUAUUGAAAGUUUAUUCAACCAGGAAUUCCCGUUGAGGUCAAGAGAUCUCCUUAACAAUGGAGAACUAGCCAUGAUGGCAGCUCCAUACUGAUGUGACAUAUGGAACCAAUCAUUUAUUGAGAGAACUAGGUAGCGCUUGUGCACUUUCUAUUGUAAAAGUACCAAUAUUUGUAUUAGUUCAUCGUCUCUUUUUCCAGUCACCAUUGCCAAUAAGCUGCACUUGCAGAAGGUGUCCGAGUUUAUGCUGUCCCCUGGAAGUCAGCCUAGUAAGGUAUACCUUUUGUUUGAUCUUGUUUCCUGCAGAUAGACUUAACAAUUCAUGUAUCUGUUUGGUUAGCUGACUGUAGAAGAGGGUAUUGACAUUUGCCACUGUGUUUCUGCUGAAGGUGGCUGUUUAUGUCCCUGGGAGCAAAGGUGCCCCCUCGUUUGUCCGGCUAUACCAGUACCCCAACUUUGGUGGCCCGACCUGUGCUCUGGCCAACAAGAGUUUCUUUAAGGCCGACAGGGUGACCAUGCUGUGGAACAAAAAAGGUUGGUCAACGUUUAUAAUAGAAUUAUGUUAAGUAAAUGUUAUGGAGAAUGUGUGGUUUGCGUUAUCCUAAUAGAGUUUGUAGUUGUAGAAGAUUACUGCCAUGACUGCUUUUGUUUUUUUCCCAUCAGCCACUGCGGUUCUGGUGCAGGCCAGCAUAGAGGUGGAUAAAACAGGGGCCUCAUACUACGGAGAACAGACUUUACACUAAUUGGCCACCAAUGGGGAGACUUCUGCGGUGCAGCUACGUGAGUCUAGAUUUGUAUAUAGUGUGUUUUUACUCCACCGUUAUUUGUAUGUCUGAAGGCAAAGAUAUGUAAAAUACCAGGGGAACGACACUGGGGCGAUGGUCAUUCGGUAUGUUUUUAGCUGUUACACUGGACGUGUAGCUUUUGCCGGCGUGAGCGCGAGCCACAUUAUUAAGUGUUCUCUGGCUUGAGCAGCGCGUCAUUCUUAAAAAAUAGAACCAGUGCGCAAUUGUACGCUGAGCACCUCGAGCCUCUGACCGAGCCGCGAUGCUUAUGCCCAGGUUUAAUUUGAAUGAAUUUAGCUGAUGCUCUGUGGUUCAUAAACGUGUGGUAUCUAUCUGUGUUGUGAACAGAGAAGAACGGGCCCAUCUACGACGUGGCAUGGAGCCCCAGCUCCACCGAGUUCUGCGUGGUCUAUGGCUUCAUGCCCGCUAAGGCUACUGUCUACAACCUCAAGUGCGACCCCGUCUUCGACUUCGGCACGGGCCCCCGCAACGCCAUCUACUACAGCCCCCAGGGCCACAUCCUGGUCUUGGCCGGCUUCGGGAACCUGCGGGGCCAGAUGGAGGUGUGGGAUGUCAAGAAGUGGAAGCAGGUGUCCAAGCCCCAGGCUCCCGACUCCACCCACUUCGCCUGGUGCCCGGACGGUGAACACAUCGUCACAUCGACCUGUGCCCCCCGGCUACGUGUCAGCAACGGCUACAAGAUCUGGCACUACACCGGCACGGUUCUGUACAAGCAGGACACGCCAACGGGCACAGAGCUCUGGGAGACUGUGUGGCAGCCCUUCCCAGACGGGACGUUCCCUGAGAGGCCGGUAAAGUACCAGGCAGCACCCAGCGAGCUGGGCAGCACAGAGGCCAAGCCGGCCCAGGCCUACCGCCCACCUGCCCUGCGGAAUAAACCGGUCACAGCCAGCUCCAAACUGGUGAGUAGAGGGCCAGGGGUCAGGUUAGGGUUGUUUUCAGUAGGCAUUCAAUUGUAAAACAAAAAUGAGCAUAUAAAGGGAUAGUUCCCCACAUUCAAAUUAGGAUUUUUCGUGUUUCAUGUCCAAAUCAUCUUUAAGUAACUUUGAGCUACACAAUCAAUUUUAGACACUUUGGAAUGAUUUGGACAUAAAACACAUUGGUGCUAAUAUUAGUGAUACCAAGCAUUGGUUUUGUGCCGUAAAUGCUAAAAAGUUAGCAUUUGAAGACAGUGGCCAGGUAAACAAAACCAAAGCAUAGAUUGCUGUCAGACCUUGUCCAUAGACUGCUUACAGGGUAAAAGGAAACCAAUAUGUAAUUUUGUAAUUUGGGUGAACUAUCCUUUUAACCCCCUAAGGUCGAUGUCCGCGUGAAAAUCUAAUUAGCGUAAUAAAAUAAAAACAUACAGAUCUGUCAGUUUAAGCUAGAGAUAUCUGUUUUUUUGCAUUGGAUGUGUCUCAAUCCACCACAUCCGCCGAUGUCACACUUCCGCAUCUGCGGUGACAGAGCUAGAGCGGUGUUUGUCAGACCAUGAGACAUCCCGAAAAAUCUGUCUUCUCACAAAAUUGUCUGUAGCGUCCGAACGGUUUGGCCUAAAAACAAUUAUGACCCCUCUAUGGAAAGAUGAGACUCUCACGAACACGAUGGUGCCGUUGCUUUAGGACCUCCACAAGUUUCAGGAGACUCGCCUGAAGUGUGUACAUCCGAUCUGUUAACUUCUGUCUGUCUAGGACGCCCACAGGCCUCACAAGACCCGGCUGAAGGUCCCCCGGUACUGGUUGAAAAAAAUAAUGGAAGUAUAUAUGGAGACUGUUUUAAUGCCAAAAAUAUGGGGUUAAAAACAUGUAAAAAAAAACAAAUAUUUCCUGAUCUUUCUUAUAUGUCACAGAUAUAAGAGAGACACGUCAGAACCAUCUUCCUUUUGAUAUUUAUUUGGGCCUAUCUGUUGUUCCGUGUGUUUGUAUGGGCUAGUAGCAGUAAGGCCCAACAUUUUUUUUCAUCAAAUAUUUUGUAUAUAUAUUUUUGGGGGUCUUAAAAUUCAAAAUCAAAUAGCUAAAUUAUCCCUGGUACGACCAUCUUAAAACAAUUCCAAAUAGCUUAGUAGAACACCCCCACCCCCUCCCCUGGCUUAGACAGGGCUUAGACUCUGAUGGGUUAAAGGGUCAAAUACAGUUGUAUUGUAUUGAAUCCACCCCAGAGGAGGAAGACCUAUGAUGAAAAAUAUCCAUAAAUAUCCACCCUUUUCUCUGUCAGCAUGAAGAGGAGCCUCCACAGAACAUGAGGCCUGGCGCCACCGGGGACAAGCAGCUGUCCAAGACGGCUCUGAAGAACCAGAAAAAACGAGAGGCAAAGAAAGCAGCCAAACAGGUACAUUAUCUUCUCCUAAUGUGCGGUAAUGUAUGACAGAAGUGGAGAAUAGCUCAGAGCUACUGCUCUUGUCUAAGUUAUCAGAUGGGGGGAGUGGGAGGUAGCGAGGUAACCGAUCUCAAGUUAUGUGGGUAUUAUUUUUGUGACGUCUAAAACCUUCUAGGGUUGAUAAAGUUGUGUUUCCUGCUUGUGUAGGAGAUAAACCCAGAUGCCCUUGAGCCUCAGUCAGACCCAUCUCCAGCCAGCAGUGCUCAGCCUGAACCCUCCUGUGGCGACCCAGAGACUGACAAGAAGAUCAAGAACGUAAAGAAGGUGACAAAACACGUUCACUGUUUAUUAGUCAGUAGUUACUGGAUCAGUUGGUGGCUGAAGUAUCUGUAGUAAGCUGUUUGUUUCUUACAAAUGUACCUUACAGUAAUUUUCCAGAUUCUAUAUACACGUCUGUGGGGGAGCGAGUUUGACUUCUUACUGUAAUUGACCUUUUCAUUUUCACUGCUAUGAAAAGGCUUUAUCACAAGCAUACUGUAGACAAAUAAGUCUUCAGGAAGUUCCACUUCCACUAGCUGUACGUUAAUUCUGUUCAUUUCAAACUGACCCCUAGAAACUGAAAGCUAUCGACGAGCUGAAAGCGCUGCAAGCAACUGGGAAACCCAUUCAAAAGAACCAGGUAUUAUUCCGACAAACUACUGUCACGCACACGGUCAAUAUAUAUCCACAGUUUAUACAUUUGUGUAUUCGACUUGUAAAUAUCAUAGAAUUGUGUUAAAAUACGUAUAAUAUUUUUCUCCCUUGUCGUUUAUCUCUUUCAGCUUGAAAAGAUGGAAAAGGAGGCUCAACUCAUGAAAGAGCUUGAGGAUCUUCAACUAGGAGUGUAAAAGAAAAUACUGAAUUUGCCCAUGAAUAAAACACAAAACAUCCUUACCAUAUGAUCAAGAGCACUCCCAAAGCUAUAUUUAAUGGACACGUUCAGAUCUCAUACAAUUUUUACUAGUGGAGACACGUUGCAGUUGAAGGCUUCUCACAUUUUAACGUACAUUUGAGCCUUAAAAACUUAAGCAUCAAGGCACUAUUGCUAUGCAAUGUAUGUACAGGUUAUUAAAGCCAGUGAUGAUACAUAAUAUUUAGAAUUGGUGUAUAUAGUAAGUAGGUGAAGGUUUCAACAGCUAGAAGUUAUGUUGGUUUUUACUUUAAGUUGAAUGAACAACUUUCAGUUCAUUGAGAUUAUAAAAUAAGAAAAUUGAAUAAAAAAAUGUAUGCCGCCAAAACAGUUAUUCUUCUUCAUGGUUCCAAGAAAAGGUUGCUAAUUUCAUAAAUCAUCAAAAUAUAUAUAUAAUAAUUGAGAAUAGUUUGUGU